UAGCGAGGGCUGAUAGUGCUGGGAGAGCGAUCCGAUCAGAGGGGUCUCUGGGAAGCGGACCGGUUGUACCUGGACCACGUGGGGCGGGACACCUUCUACGGUCUGCUGGCCUCGCUGCGGGGCCGGUUGUUCCGAGACGCCGAUUUCGCCGAGUUCUACUGCCCGGGACAACGGCCGGGACAGCGUGCCGCCCAGCCUGCUGGCGACGGCGCUGCUGCUCCAGUCCCACGACAAGGUGAGCGACGCCGAGGCCAAGGCCCGGGCUGACUUUGACCUCCGGUGGAAAGUGGCCCUGGGGAUUGAGGUGGAGGACCGGCCCUUUGCCAAGAGCACAUUGCAGGUGUUCCGAGCCCAGCUGAUCCUGCACGACAAGGUGCGGGAGGUGUUCGAGUCCAGCCUGCGGCUGGCCCGGGAGUCGGGCUAUCUGAAAAAGCGGAGCAUGCGGGUUGCGCUGGACACGACCAACAUCCUGGGGCGGGGCGCGGUGAAGGACACCUGCAACCUGUUGGCGGACGGGAUCGUCCAACUGCUGCGGACGCUGGCGGCAGUGGAGAAGAUCACCGUCAAAGAAUGGGGCAAGGCCCGGGGAUACGGGCGGUACCUUGCCUCCAGCAUCAAGGGCGAGGCCGCCAUCGACUGGAGCGACAAACGGGCGCGGCAGACCCUGCUGGCCGAGAUUGUGAGAGACGCGGACCGGUUGUUGGAGCUGUCGCGGCAGGCCCAGGGAGAGUUGCCCGAGAAUGGUGAGGAGCGGCAGCGGAUUGUGGACGCGGCGGAACUGCUGGGGCAGUUGCUGCUCCAGGACGUGGAACGAGUUGAGGGCGGAGUGAGCCUCAAGGAUGGAGUGAGCCGGGACCGGAUGAUGUCGGUGCAUGAUCCGGAGAUGCGCCACGGGCACAAGAGCAGCAGCCGGCGCUUUGACGGGCACAAGGCGGCGAUUGUGGUGGAUACCGAUUCCCAGCUGAUCACCGCCGUGGCGGUACUGCCCGGCAACGCUCCGGACAACCUGGGGGCGCUGGAACUGGUGGAACAGAGCGAGGCCAACACCGGUGUACCGGUGCAGGAGGCCAUGGGCGACGCCGCCUAUGGGGACGGAGCUACCAGGCAGACCUUCGCCGAUGUGGGCCGCAAGCUGGUAGCCCGGGUGCCAGGCCGGCCCGACCGGAAGCACUUUCCCAAGGAUGACUUUGUCAUCGACCUGGCCGCGGGCAGUUGCACCUGUCCGGCGGGACAGGUCACCCACACCAUCGUGCCAGCGGGAAAGCGGACGGAUGCCGCGGGGCGGGAUACCGCUGGCAGGCCUUCCAGUUCGACGGGGCCGAAUGUCGGACAUGUCCACUGCGGUCCCAGUGCAUCGCAGCCAAGGGCAGGAAGGGACGGCGGGUGCUGAUCCAUCCCCAGGAAGGCCUCCUGCAGGAGGCACGGGCGUUGCAGCAGAGCGCCGCCUACGACGAAUAUCGAGCGCGACGCGUGGCGGUGGAACACCGGUUGGCCCGACUGGUCCAGUUGGGCAUCCGCCAGUCCCGCUAUUUCGGCAGGGUCAAGACGCGAUUCCAGCUGUAUCUGGCGGCUACAGUGGCCAACCUGACCCUGGUGGCGGGCAAAAUCGACCUGUCGGACAGUGUCGGCGGCGGAGCGGAAGCCCACCGCGCCGUCCUCAGUGCCGUCCCCAGUGAUGUCCAGGCUGUUUCCCACGGUGUUGUCGCCAAUGCUACGGCCAUUUUCGGCGCGGUCCGGCUCGGAAUACUGUGGACCGUGAUUCUGCUCAAGCCGGCUUUACUGCCGAAAUCCCUCUCCCCAACCAGGGCUUUUCAGCCCGGUUUCUAGGAGCAGCGGAAGAGGUCAUGGCUGCAAGAAGACAAGCAACAGAUGCUGCCCGGUGUGUCGGGGCAGCCCUUCCGGUGCUGUCCCGGUUGGUACGGCGGUGUCCUCCCCAGCGUGACCCGGUUUCUGGCCCUGCCUCUUACCGAGAACCACGGUCUGCAGAGAUCGAAUCCGCCGCAGACUCACUUUCAUCGCAACUUCCGUAAGAAUCUGGUCACGUAGUCGACGUCGACUGCGGGCAUUCCCAGACCAAUUUCCGACAAUGCUUCGGAGAACCGGCUGAUGUCGUAGACGCUGGUAUCGGACAGGUACGGCUCGACUGACUCCAGUGACCGGACCAGAACUUUCAACUCCAUGUCCUCAUCGUGGUCGGCCAUCGUUUCCAAUCUAAAUUUCCAGUCCCCCAAUUGAGCGCGGUCCGCCACGUAUCCGUGGUUCUCCAUGUAUGCAAAAACUUGAUCUGCGGGUACGGGGUCCUGUUGGACCACGUUGUAUACCCUGCCCAGGUGCCUGGGAUCGUCGGAAAUUUUCGUAAUGGCCUUUGCCAGAAAGUCGACAGGCGUCAUCUCGAAGAACCAUUCCGGCGCCAAGGGGGCACAUCCGAGGCGGGCGCAAGCCUUGAUUAUCAAUGAGAGAAAGUCAUUCGGGUUGACCGUGCCCGUACCGCUGUGGUGGCCAAUGUUGCCCGGACGGAAGAUGCAUACCGGCAGGCCACGAGAAACAGCCUGCCAGACCAGCCGUUCCGCAACCCAUUUGGCCUGGUUGUAUCCUCCCUCCAUUCUGUCCAUGAAGCCGUCUAUCUCGUUGCUUUCCAGGUAGGGGGUGUCGUCUCCUCCGGGGAAGAUACCGUUGGAAGAAAUGUACUGAAUCGGCUUGGUUACGUCGGUACAGGCGAACUUGAGCACCUCCAAUGUCCCGCCGACGGUGUGGGGCUUGGCUACAGAAUAAGGGUAGGCAUAAUUGACAGAGGCCGCGCAAUGGAAUAUCAGGUCGACCUCUUUCGCCAACCGCCGGUACUCGUCAUUGUCCAGUCCCAUCUUGGGCAAUGUGAGGUCUCCAGCCACCGGGACGAUCCGUUGCCCAGCGGAAUGACCGGCCAGCCCAUAAAGCUUCAAUGCGUCCAGCACGCGGUUGGUGGACCCGCCCUGGCCUGAGUCCGGGUCCCUCACCAGGCAAUAGAACCGGGUGUUCGGUCCCGUGGCGCGCAGCAGUUCGUCGACGAGAAAGGCUCCCAGGAAUCCGGUUGUUCCCGUCACAAGGACUGAGGACGCCUCACUGAGACGUUUAAUUCUCGGGGCGCCUUCUGGUGAAAUAGCCGGGUCCAGGAUCGAGUCCUCGGCCAGCGAAACUCUGGAUUCCAUAUUUGGCCCUCUAUUUUCCAAGUACGCGCCCAGCUCACUUAUGGUGGGGUACUCGUAGAUCUCAGUGCCGCUCAGUUCAAUCCCAAACAGCUGUUCGAUGCCCAGGGUGAGUUCCAGGCCCGUCAGGGAGUGGCCGCCGAGAUCAAAGAAGUUCCAGUCAUCUUCCAAUGAGUCGCCGUCGACUUCCAGCGCUUCACUCCAUAGCUCCCGCAGGGCCCUGCGACGCUCCCUUGCGGUUGUGUGCUGGGACAGCGGGGUGUGCUGACUAACCGCAGGUCUCCUUUGCCGCAGUGCGGGCAAUGCUUUGCGCUCCAGUUUGCCCGUCUGUUGAUUUAUCGGGAGCGUCUCCACUUCCAUGAAGUGGCUGGGCACCAUGUAGAGCGGCAGAUGCCGUUCCAGCAGAGCACGCAGGUCUUUGCUCGUCCCGCUCUUCCCAUCGACCUUCCACGCCGCCGCCGGCCCCCGGACGACGUAGGCCACGAGCCGCUUGUUGGCUUCGUCCUCGUUCUCGGCCAACACCGCCGCAUCCGACGUGUCACAGUGCUGUCGGAGGGUCUCCUCAAUGGCGCUCAGGUAAACGGUGUAGCCCCUGAUCUUGACCAUCGAAUCAUUGCGGCCGAUGAUCGUCGUCAGACCCUGCCCACCAACCUCGGCCAGGUCGCCGGUCGCGUAAUACCGCUCGCCGUUCCAUCUGACGAACCUGUCGGCAUCAAGGUCGGGCCUCUCCAGGUAGCCCCGGGCCAGUCCGCGACCGCCGAUGAAGAGUUCCCCGACUCCGCUGGAAGCCAGAACGGUCUGCCCUUCCGGGAGCACCCGGAGCUGUACUCCGUCCAUUGCAUAACCCACCGGGCACGCAUCCCUGCCGUCCAGGCACAAGUCCGUGACGUCAAUGGUGCAAGCGUCGUGGGUCUCGCUGAUGCUGUAGGUGUUGAACAUGCGCGCAGAACGGGGCAACACGUCCAACGACAGCCUCAGCAGGCUGGCCGGCACGACCUCGCCGUUCAGCCAGACCGCACGCAGCGAGGACAGCCGGGUGCGCAACUGUUCUGGGCUUGCCGAAUUCAAAACCCCCUGCAGCAGGGACGGGGUAAACAGGACAUCGGCAAUCCGGUGUUCUGCUAUGAACCCGGUAAGGGCGCGCGGCGCGAACACCACAUCAUCCGGAAUCACGUAUACCGUUCCCCCUUUCAACAGUGGCCGGAGGAACUCCCAGGGAAAGAAGAUGUUGCACGCGACCCUGUCGCCGACGCUGUAGGAACUGAACCUGUACCUGGCCUGGUAGGAUGAAAUCAGAGCGCCAUUGGUCUGAAGCACUCCCUUGGGCUGUCCUGUUGUGCCUGAGGUGUAGGGGAUGAACGCCAGGUCACCGUCGUCGACGUGAAUCUCAGCUUUCGCGGGAGGGAACGCUCUCCAGGACUGGUCGGAGUCAACGGCCAAUAGAAGGGGCCCAGGGAAUUUACUCAGUCUCGGCAAGUGCCGCGCCUUGGUGACAACCACUUUGGGCUGCGAUUCGGACAGCAAUGUGCCAAGAAGGGAAUCGGGGAGGUCCAGGGCCACAGGCAUGAAGGCCGCACCGGCCUUUAAUGUUCCGAUGCUCGCGACGAUGUACUCAGGGCAGGUUUCCAUGCAAAUGCCCACCGGGUCAUCGGUUGACACGCCGCAACGUCGAAGGUAGGCCCCCAAGGCAUCCGUCUCCUGGUCCAGUUGUGCGUAGGAUGUCUGCUCGGCGCCGAACACUAUUGCCGGAGUGUCUGGAGUCUCCGUUGCUUGAGCCUUGAAAAGCUGAUGUAAACCACUCUCUGCGAAGUUCAUUUUCCAUCUCAAGCAAGGGCAAACGCAAUCAAGCAAAGCGGCCAAAGCGGCCGUUGUUCAAAUAUUGUUAAAGAACAAUGGUUGAGUUUACAAAAACCUGGGCGAUUAGUAAACUACCAAUUCAAAAGAAUAAUAAUAAUAAUUCGUUGCAACGGGAUCCGUCCCACUGCAAAGGUGUCCAUAUGCAAUUCGACUCGCUGGACUUUUACAAGGUGCACGCCCAGAGAUACUCGCAGUUGUCUCACGAGUUAACCCAUUCGGUAUACACCGGUUCCUCUCAUCCGGCGCUGAGGGGAGACAUGGACCUGCUGAAUCGGGUUACCGAGCUGGCUUGGGGGAAACGCGGCCUGGACGCAGGGUGUGGGGCGGGGGCCCGGGACGUUCACCUGCUGCACACACGGGGGUAUGACGUCUAUGGAAUUGACGCGGUGGAGGAGAACAUCAGGCUGGGGAGAGAGGUGCACCCGGAAAUAGAGGACAAGCUCAGCGUUGCCGAUCUGCGGGAACCCCUGCCCUUUGAGUCAGGGUUCUUCGAUUUCGUACUUUGCAACGCGGUGAUACAGCAUCUGACGCCCGAUGCCACCGAAACUACGACGAUUCCGGAGUUGGCGAGAGUCUUGGCCCCCGGCGGUGUCCUGCAACUCAUGUUUAAGACCGGCUCAGGGGUAGCCACCGUCAGUGACCGGGCCUAUGGUGGGGACGGCGUGGACCGUUCGUUCCAACUGUACGACGAGCACCGCUUGCUGAGCAUACUGGAGGGUUGCGGAUGU